UUUACAAAAAGCGCGUGUCCAUGUUUGUCCCUCGACUCUUCCUGUAGGCAGCUAAGUGAAAGGCUAAUACGUAAGAGGCUGCUUCGACCUCAAAAGGUGUAAUAUUAAUAGACAGAGAAAGGCCAACCACGAUGUCCACUACGGUGCUUUGUGGUGGCCGGCGGUUGGUCGUCUCAAAGGCCACAGGAUGUCAGACUCUGGCCUCCCUCAGGGUCACGAAAACUAGAACUUUUUCUGCUGCGAGUUCAGACGAGCCUUAUAUCGCCGCAUCACCCGCAGACUCAGGCCAAAGAACAGUGUGGCCAGACGAGAGCAUGGGACCCUUCGGACCUCAGGACCAGCGUUUUCAAUUACCAGGCAACGUAGGGUUUGACUGUCACCUGGAGGGACUGAGCCCAAACAAGAAAACGCCACAGAAUGUUCACAAAACUGUCCCUGAUGUCCUCACAGCGCCCAGCAGUUCAGAGAGGCACCAUUUUGUCCUCGCACAGUUCGUCAAUGAGUUUCAUGGCAAACUUGGUCCAGUCGCCACAAGAGUCCAGAAAGCAGAUCAUUAUUUUAGCCAAACAGAGACAGACUGUUCCAUAAACUCCUGUCCAGAGCUGCUAAGAAAAGACCUGGAGUUGAUGUUCCCGUCAGUGCCCCCCUCCGCCAUCACCGUAGUAACCGUCACACAGAAGAGCGGUCGCCGUGACGAUGCGCGGCAGGACGAUGCCCAGCUGUUCGACCGAUUUGUAAAUGGUGCUAAAGAAAUGUGUUUCGCUCUAUGGACGGCCGGGUACUGGGCAGACUUCAUAGACCCAACAACAGGAGCAGCUUUUUUCGCUUCUACGUCGAGUCAAACCCCCCUGAGCACUGAGGAGGAGCUGAGGAACCUGGGCUUUCACAUCGAGGUCUCCGCGUCCUGUACAGUGAUCAGACACAUCCUCAGAGGGACGCCCAUGUUUGUAGGAACUGUUUUCACCAACGCGCCCACCCAAAGCGCUGCCAUCGCCCGACUACAGGGGGCGACGAACGCACUGGACGAGGAGGAGUAGUUGUUUUAGUAUGUUUUAUUAUAGUAGUGGUCACGCUUUACUUUAUAACACAGUAAUAACAUGGGAAUAGAGUGGGAAUAGCACGGGAAAUGGAAUGACUGUUAUGGAUUUAGGAUAUCUGCGUCUGGCUCAUUGAUAUUGGAGGGUUUUCUCAGAUAUCGGUAUAAUAUAAUAGAAUAAUUCAUCUGAUAUUUUGCACUGGUAGUUUUGUCUUUUUGAACAUUAAAAAUAUGAGUAAAAACAUGACUACACGUUGACACAAUCGGUCAAAUUGCAAAUUACUUUAUGUUGCACAUAAAUACAGAAGUGAUUAUCGUCUAAAACUACUUAUUUAGACAAUGAUUGCGUCUGUAUUUUUACAAAAGUGAUCAUUGUCUAAAACUACGUAAUAAAAGAAUCAAGUCCACUGAUUUUUGAGUAAAAAAUUGUGGUGCCCAAUGGGAGCCGAUGUUGACAGAAACGUCAUAACAUCACAACAAAGUGUCAGCAACUCCGAUGGUAGCUACAGGAGCAGACUUUUUAAAAUUUGUACCAAAAUUACUACACAACGCUGUCGAAUUCUACGUGUAUCACUGAUUUAAGAAAAUUAAAUUAGAGAACGAAGUAGGUACAGAGCAGUGGGCGUGUACCAGUGGUGGCCUUGAAAAUCUAAAACGAAUCAUUCCCAAAUACAACUUCGAAAGAAGAGAAACAACUAUAACACGAUCUCAAAUAUCCAUAAUGACGCAAUCCACUUUUAAACAUUAUUCAAAACACGCUCAAUUUCGAAAGGGAAAAUGAGAAGGGGAAACUAGUACAACAUUUUUAAAAGUGCUUAAAAGUCUAUUUUAGGUCUGCUUUAGUCAUAUUACUACGAAGUACAGUAGACUUGCUCUGGUCCCAUUGGUAAUUAGCAUGUAUAUACCUUAAUGCACUUUUAGUUAUUACCAUGUUGUUACCGUGCUAUUACUGUGGUGUAAAGUAAAGUUAAAUAUCCAUGGAUCUCAAGCCAAACAAAGGCCUUUAUUUAUGUUUAUGUUUAGUUUAAGAUAAGUGCACUGCAGAAAGUAUCGAAAUAUGUUAAAAUGACUUCAAUUCAGAACUUAAUUUCACAAUUGUUUAAUAGUUAAAAUUUGUCUAGUAUUUAUGCUGAGAUUGUUUAAUAUACUUUAGUGAAAUUUGAGUUUUCUAUUUUAUUUGAAUCGACUUAGAUUUUUUGUGAAACUAAUCCAUGAAACCAGUAAAUAUUGUUGUUGUUAAAUCCAGUUAUACUGACUUGGAUUAAGACCCCAAAAAGCUUUAAAAUGUAAAUUGCACUAACCACCACCUAAUCCUUUAUUAACUCAACACCUCUGAACAUUUGGCAAGAUGGUUGAAGUGCUUUGCUAAAGGACACAACAAUAAUAUGUGCAUCAAACUACCAACCUCUUAGUCAUUGUAAAAUAAACUACAACGUCAUAACUACAAAAUUUAAAGGUUUUGUUUUUUUAGUGGAGGGUCCAUCAAAUGCUUUCCUUCGUGGAUAUGUUAUCGCUUUGUCUGGAAUGUUUCACAGUAUGGCAUAAACCUUUCUAUCAUCAUGGCGACCAAAUCAGACCAAGUUAGUUAGGAUGCCUGUUUUUCUAGGUAUUUUUAAGCUAUAAAACUACCUAUAAUUGAAUAAAUGUAAGUUAGAACUGUUUAAUGUCACACUGUGGAACAAUCCAAGCAGAAUAAUGAAUGACAUAGCUUUUGAAUUCAAGUCAUUUUAAUUAUCUGGAGACAUUUCUUUUGCAAGUGUAGUAGAAUCGGUCCUGCUGCUGUGAACAGUGGCCUGAUAUGUGCGUAUUUGUCUAAGGGACGUUAAUAUAAUCUGAUAUGGAGAAUGUGAAUUGCUUGUGUUGUCCUAAUACUUUUGAAUGCAACGUUUUCGGAUUUAAUACCUCAGUGACAUGGACACACUACUUUGACUGCAGCUGAUAGCCUGUUGUAACUAUCCAGGGCCAAAGAACAGUGUACUAGUUGAAUAACAGAUUUUCAGGUUCACAAAACAACCUUCCUUUUACAGAAUUUCAAAACAACACACUGUACAUAAUGGUUUUGUUGAAGCACUUGUUACUGUCAAGAAAUAAAGUGGCUUCUUAUUGUAUGAAA